AAAUAUGAUUAAUUUAAUAAUUAAAUAUAAGUAGUAAUAUUGUGGUAAAAUUUUUAUAUACGCGUUAAUAUUAUUAUUUAAAAAAUAUAACCUUAUCAUGGAUCUCUUGUAUAAUGUCACUCGUAAAUCAUCAGCAAAAUCAUUUUUCAACAAUGAAAGCCUUUUAGAUGGGAAUUGUUUAUGUACAAUAUCAAGCCGCAAUAUUGCUGCUUAUACAACAACCGUACUGUUUGAUGAUGUUAAUGGAAAAACAUGGGGUUCUCAUAUUUAUGUUUGUGAUAUUAACAUGCCAACUCAUGCUCACAAAGUCACUUCAUUCCGAUUUAAUCCGAUAACUGCCAUCGAAUGGGAUUUAUCGGGAGAUAAGUUAGUAAUAGCUGAUCGUGCUGGCAAUGUAGAAUUAUGGAUGUUUAAAGAAUACAUUUUAAAUGAUUUAGUUUUAAUUGGAUCAGCAUCAUUUGCUGGAGAACACAUUCUUGGUGCUGUUUGGUUUCAUAAUGGCAAAAAGACGGCAUUGGUCACUGAAAAAAAAGACAGUAUUCAUUAUAAUGAAAAAUUUAAUAAUCUUCCAUUUGCCCCUUCGGUACGUCAAUUUGGUGGUAAAGCCGCAGAAGGUGUUUUAGUAGUAUCAAGUACAGGAAUGGUAGCUUCUGUUAUGAUAACCAAAGAUCUACAAAAUCCAGUAUGUCACGCGACUGAGAGCUUGGGAAAUAUUCGACAAAAAAUAAAAAAAGUCGACAUUUGUUACGGAAAAAAUGGUCACUUUUUAAUAGCCGUAACUAGCGGAAUUUCUAGCUAUCCAAUACGAUGUUAUCGCGUAUUAGUUCGUAAAAGUUCUGAUGAUAAAUGCAGUAUAACAUCACAAGCACUGCCAAGUUUUUUUCUACAAGAUGGCGCAUUGAAAGAUAACUGUACAGAUAUAACUCACAUUAAAUUUGUCGUACGUGAGGAUGCUGAUUCAUUGGUUGUCGCAGCAAGCGGUGAAACAGAGUCAUUUGUUGACGUUUGGGAAUUGCGUGAAAAAUCUCAGCCUGUUCACAAAUCAUUUCAGCCGAAAAAUUUAGAGUCAUUUAAAACAGUUGUCUGGCAACAUCAAUCACAGUAUCGCUGUCAAUCACCGGUAAUAGCAAUCGCAACAACAAAAGUAUCUAUUGUAACUACACUGCCACCACCGAGUUCUGUUAUAAUAGCUCUGGCUGAUUCAACAAUUCAUUAUUUGACACGUGAUUCCUUGAAACAAGUGGCACUGUCAUCAUUAAAUAUGGCCUCUCCAGCGUGUUGGCGCCAAGAUGAUCAACAACAGCAGCAGCAACAACAGCAACAGCAACAGCAACAACAACCAUGUGCCAAAUAUUUAAAAACAUCUGUAACAAUAUCACACAUUGAUAUAUCCUGGCUGGGAUUUGUAUUGCUUGCUUGUGAUACUCAGGGUAAUAUUUAUGUUUACAGACUGAUGCCCGAUGGUGGUACGACAAUAACUUUGAGUUAUGCUUGUACAAUGCUGGAGUAUUGUUUAAUCACCGGAACAGAUUGGUUGGAUUUAUUGUUUUGCUUGAGAUCGUCAAUGAUUGAAACUCUCUGUGAAAGAUUUGAUGCGUCAUUUAAUCGUCAAUCUCAACAAACUCAACAAUAUCACUAUAUACAAUUUUUGUGUAUUAAAACAUCACUUUACAGAAUGUUAGUUACCGGUCAGAACCGAGCUGCUGAUUUAUCAUCUUUAUUAAUGAUACACAGCAUUGCUACUGCAUUUAAAUCUCUAUUAAGACCGUCUGAUUUAACAUCUUUGAAUGAAAAAGGACCUGUUGAAUGUUUGGCUGCUGUUAUCAAUGAAACAACUAUUGAUAUUGAUAAAGUUUUAUGCAUACUAGAUCCUAAAAAAGAAUUUACUGUUGAACCGAGUACUUUACAAUCAUUGAGACAGUUGAUACAGUGGGUAGCUGAUUUAACUCUUAAUUUACUUGCUAGGCUUCCUGAACAGAGAAUGCAAACCAAACCCGGUGGUUAUGAACUUUUAAAAGAUUACAAAGCUUUAAAUACUGUCAGAGAAUUGUUGGUAUUGAUAAGAAUUUGGGGAUUAUUGAGACCAUCUUGCUUGCCCGUAUUCUUUCGCAGUGCUGAUAAUCUUGAUGUAUUGGUAUUAUUGUUUCGUUUGUUAUCAAAACUCGUACAAUCUAGUGGUGAUACAUCACGAAUAGACGACGGUCUUAUUGAUGACUGCUGUUUACUACCAAAUCAAAUAAUGAUCCCACAAUUACACCAGGCCAACAGUAUAACAGCAAUCGCAUCACCAGUGUUAUUUUAUCAAAGUCUUCCAUUGCAAUUAGAAUUCAAUACUGAGCCGGAAAAUUUGUUAUUUGUACCAGAAUUAAAUCAAAUUGAGGGGUGUAUGCAUAGUGGCCAAAGUGUUGAUAUUAUUCGGCAUGUUUAUUUGGGUAAACAACCGCUUGUUGUUAAACAGUGUACCAGAUGCGGAGGAAAAGCUCAAGUACUAAAUAUGACUCGCACUGCUGCAAUAAGAGCCUGGGACUUGCGUUGGGCACGUUCGUGUCGCUGCGGUGGAAUAUGGAGGAUACAUAAAGUAGUAUCAUCGUAAUAAUUUAUUUUUUUUUUUAUUACCAUUUUUAUUUUAUAAAUCAUUAAAAAUACAUCAUUGUAAAAUCAUCAUUUUUUUUUUUUUUUU